AUGGAGCAGCCAUUUGUUUUUGUUCAUAUUACCGAUAUUCAUCUUCAAAGAAGGUCUGCUGAGAGCAGCUACAGUUAUUUCCGCCACUUUGUGAAGGACAUUCUUCCCGUCAUUCAGCCGUCGUUGGUGGUUAAUACGGGAGAUAUUACUCAAAGUCAGCAACUCGAUUUGAAAGAGAAUUUAGAGCACGAUGAAUGGGUUUUAUCACGCAAUAGGUAUUCGUCGGUGCUGAAAGAAUUUGGUUGGUUUAAUCAAAGCAAGUGGCUGGAUGUCCGUGGGAACCACGACGCGUUCGUACACUAUCCAGAGCCCCAUCCGUACAAGCUGCACAUGGUUUACGGAGUUGCUGGGAAAUCGUCCGUUUAUUCGCAUACCGUCACGACGUCUUCCGGGAAACUUCGUUUCAUCGGAAUCGACGCGAACGGCCCUCUCUUCCGCCACUUCAACGGGUUCGUCACUCGCGAAAUGCUGGAUGCAUUAGAGCAUCUCUUCCAAAGCGAAUCGUACGACGCACAUCUUCCCUCCUUUCCCAGCCUUCCUACCAUCUUAUUCACUCACUACCCUCUUUUCACCAUGGAUCUGCGUGCACGAUCCUCCCAAAACCAUUCCCUCAAAGACCUCAUAAAGCAGCAUAAACCGCGGUUCUACCUAUGCGGUCACAUGCACUCCGCGUUAGGCGGAAUGAUCACUCGCCAGUUCGACACAAUCGAGGCCGAAUUGUUCGACUUCAAAAUCGCUCAUCAGUUUCGUUUGUACUCCUAUUUCCGCGGGGAACUCUCCUUCAUGACGUACAAUCUCAACAUCGACGACAAGCCAAUCAUCUUAAUCCACUCGCCCACCGUUUCCUUACCUCCUUUCUCUCAUCUAGGACCAUCGAUUCCAGCAGAAUUCCCGAAAUGA